ACCACACACAAUGUCAGCUGCACAACUCCUCAACCCCAAGGCGGAGUCGCGACGCCGCGGUGAGGCUCUCAGAGUCAACAUUAAUGCUGGAGAAGGCCUGAAAGAUGUUCUCUCCUCCAACUUGGGUCCAACGGGCACCCUCAAAAUGCUGGUCGAUGGCGCAGGAGGCAUCAAGCUCACAAAGGAUGGCAGCGUGCUGUUGAAAGAGAUGCAAAUUCAGAACCCCACAGCUGUCAUGAUUGCCCGCGCAGCGACUGCACAAGACGAGAUUUGCGGAGAUGGCACAACGAGUGUGGUUAUGCUGGUGGGAGAACUGCUGAAGCAAGCAGAUCGCUACAUCAGUGAGGGACUACACCCAAGAGUCAUCACAGAUGGUUACGAGGUGGCCAAGAACGAGACACUACGAUUCCUGGACUCCUUCAAACUCCCGAAAGAAGUCGACCGCGAACUCCUCCUCUCCGUCGCCCGCACAUCGCUCUCCACCAAGAUCAACUCCACCCUAGCCGAGCAACUCACACCCGAUAUCGUCGAUGCCGUCCUCGCCAUCUAUGAAGCUCCCGCAAAGCCCGACCUGCACAUGAUCGAGAUCAUGACCAUGCAGCACCGCACAGCAGCAGACACCCAGCUCAUCCGUGGUCUCGCAUUAGACCACGGCGCUCGCCAUCCCGAUAUGCCCAAAGACGUCAAGAAUGCCUUCGUCCUCACCCUCAACGUCAGCUUGGAAUACGAAAAGAGCGAGAUCAACAGUGGAUUCUACUACUCCAGCGCAGAACAGCGGGACAAACUGGUGGAGAGUGAGCGUCGAUUCGUGGACGACAAGCUGCGCAAGAUUGUCGAGUUGAAGAAGGAAGUCUGCGGAGAUGACCCAUCAAAGGGCUUCGUCGUGGUCAACCAAAAGGGUAUCGACCCGCUCUCCCUCGACGUACUCGUCAAGAACGGCAUCUUCGCCCUCCGCCGCGCCAAGCGCAGAAACAUGGAGCGUCUGCAACUCAUCUGCGGCGGCACCGCACAGAACUCCGCGGAUGACCUCUCACCCGACAUCCUCGGCUGGGCCGGCCACGUCUACGAGCACCAGCUGGGAGAGGAGAAGUACACAUUCAUCGAGGAGGUCAAGGAUCCCAAGUCCGUCACUAUCCUCAUCAAGGGCCCCAACGCACACACCAUCACUCAGAUCAAGGAUGCGGUUCGCGAUGGCUUAAGAUCGGUGUAUAAUAUGAUUGUGGACGGCAGUGUGGUGCCUGGUGGUGGAGCGUUCCAGAUUGCGUGCGCGAGACAUCUGAAUUCGGAUGAGUUCAGGAAGCAGGUCAAGGGCAAGGCGAAGUGGGGUGUUUCUGCGUUUGCGGAUGCGUUGUUGAUUAUUCCCAAGACGUUGGCGGCGAAUAGCGGGCAUGAUAUUCAGGAUUGCAUCGCAACACUCCAAGAUGAGCACGCGGAAGGACACAUCGCCGGUCUCGAUCUCACACUCGGCGAGCCGAUGGAUCCUGUACAACAGGGUGUCUACGACAGUUUCCGCGUGCUGAGGAAUUCGAUCGCCAGCUCAACGGGCAUUGCGUCGAACUUGCUGCUUUGCGAUGAGAUGCUCAAGGCGAGACAAAUGGGCAAGUCGGGUCCGCCUGGGUUGGAAGAUGGGGAAUGA